AUGGAAAAUGAGAAUGUAACUUCGUGGACAGAAUUUCAUCUUAUUGGACUUAGUCACCUGAAAUCUCCCACUGUUUUCUUUGUCAUUGUUCUGUUUAUGAGUCUUAUUGCUCUGACGGGAAACUCCCUCCUCCUCUUUCUAAUCCAGAUGGACUCCUCACUUCAUACCCCCAUGUACUUCUUCCUGAGCCAGCUGUCCUGCGUGGAUAUGGGCCAAAUCCUCAUUGUGGUCCCUAAAAUGUCAGUCAUUUUUUUAACUCAAAGAACCACUAUUUCACUGGGAGGCUGCGUAGCACAGAUUUUUUUAACUCUGACCAUGGGGACCUCAGAAUGUUUCCUGUUGACUGUCAUGUCAUACGACAGGUACGUGGCCAUCUGCAGACCCUUGCAGUACCCAAUUCUUAUGAGGAGAACCAUCUGCCUCCUCAUGAGUGUAGGAAUCUGGUCUUCUUCAUCGCUUAUCAUUAUGGUAAUAGCAAUUUAUGUACAAUCUCUACCUUACUGUAGGUCAAACGUAAUUGAUCAUUUUGUCUGUGAAUUCCCAGCCUUGAUGAAAUUAACCUGUGCUGAUACAUCUGGAUUUGAAAAAGUAAUAUACAUUGACAAUGUGUUGAUAAUUCUCUUGCCCAUCUUAGUGAUCAUCUUCUCAUAUAUAGCCAUUCUUGUGCAGAUUUUGAACAUGCACUCAACUGAGGGAAGGCACAAAGCACUGGGCACCUGCGUGUCCCAUUUAUGUGUAGUGAGUAUCUUCUAUGGGGCAAGCAUCCUGACAUACAGUACUCCUGUGUCUUCUUACUCAGCCCGUAAGUCCAUGAUUUAUUCGAUCUGCAUCACAGUUGUUCCUCCAAUGCUUAACCCUUUUAUCUAUAGCUUACGGAACAGAGAUGUUAUAGCAGCUCUACGAAAACUCCUUGUAAGACAUCCAUCCUAUUAAUAAAAGAGCUGAAAUAUU